CAGAGGAGGAGAGUUGGAGGGAAGCUGCCAGGAACAAAAGCUGCAGAGGAGCACCAUCGCCGCUAAAAGAACAACAGAGGUGUACCGGAGGAAGGAGGUGGGGGUGGUCAUGAGACAAUAAGGCAGGGGGAGAAGCAUCCUGUAGUCAGUGAGGACUGAAACCAAGGUCUUGUCUGCUUUCCAUGUUUUCGGGCACCCUCGUCUCCAAAGCCACGGGACAAUGUCUAUAUCGGGGAAGAAGGAAUUCGACAUGAAGCAGAUCCUGAGGCUCCGCUGGCGCUGGUUCAGCCACUCGUCCCAAGGUUCGGCCGGCGGCGGGGGCGGCGGGGUGGGAGGUUACAUCCAGGACGACCACCGGGGGACCCCCGGCCAGGGCCGACUCAAAAGCCACUCGCGGGAGAGGGGGGGACUACGGAAGUCCAGCAGCCCGGCCCGCGGCAUCCUGGCACCCACGCCCGUCUGUGUCAGAGCGGGUCAGCAGGCAUGGCAGCAGCACACGGCGCCGGGCCUGCGGGUCAGCCAGGACGCCGCCAAGAGCGCCUCCUCGCCCGGCGGCACGGCCAGGAAGGAGGACGCCGACGCGGGCAAGGAAGACGUGAAGAGCAGCUCGGAGGAAACCGCAGAGGUGGAGGCCAGAGAGAGGUUGGCUAUCAGCACCUUGACCAGAAUGAACGCCAACUCUUCGGACGAGUUCUUCCAGGCCACCAACCACGCCGAGCAGACUUUCCGGAAGAUGGAGAGCUACCUGCAGCACAAGCAGCUGUGUGACGUCCUCCUCUUAGCGGGUGACCACAAAAUACCGGCUCACAGACUCGUCCUGAGCGCCGUCUCCGACUACUUUGCCGCCAUGUUCACCAGCGACGUGAGGGAGGCCAAACAGGAGGAGAUCAAGAUGGAGGGCGUUGACCCGGACGCGCUUAAUUCCCUGGUUCAGUUUGCCUACACUGGUGUCCUUGAGUUGAAAGAGGAGACCAUCGAGAGUUUAUUGGCGGCAGCUUGCCUGCUGCAGCUCUCACAAGUCAUCCAGGUUUGCUGCAACUUCCUGAUGAAGCAGCUGCAUCCGUCCAACUGCCUGGGAAUACGCUCCUUUGCCGACGCCCAGGGCUGCGUGGACCUGCUCAACGUGGCUCACAACUACACUAUGGAAAACUUCCUGGAGGUCAUUCAGAAUCAGGAGUUCCUGCUGCUGCCCACGGCCGAGAUUGUCAAACUUCUGUCCAGCGAUGACAUCAACGUGCCCGACGAAGAGACCAUCUUCCAGGCUCUGAUGCUGUGGGUGAGGCACGACGUCCAGAAUCGACAACAGGAUCUCGGGGUCCUCCUCUCUUAUAUCCGGCUGCCUCUUCUUCCUCCUCAGCUCAUUGCGGACCUGGAAAACAACAAGAUGUUCUCUGAUGACCUGGAAUGUCAAAAACUGCUGAUGGAGGCCAUGAAGUACCAUCUUCUGCCUGAGCGCCGUCCCAUGUUCCAAAGUCCAAGAACCAAACCCAGAAAGUCCACAGUGGGGGCUUUGUAUGCUGUAGGAGGCAUGGAUGCCACCAAAGGUAGUAGUCAUCUACAGUACAAAUCCAAGGAUGAAUCUAAAGUAGGAUUCAUGCAUUUAGGCUCCACCACCAUUGAGAAGUACGACCUGAGGACCAACACCUGGGUCCCAGUGGGAGUCAUGAACGGACGCCGACUGCAGUUUGGUGUGGCCGUGAUAGACAACAAGUUGUACGUGGUUGGUGGACGGGAUGGACUUAAGACGUCCAACAUGGUGGAGAGUUAUAACCCUGUCAACAAAGUGUGGUCAACCAUGCCUCCCAUGUCAACACACCGACACGGACUUGGUAUCGCUGUGCUGGAGGGCCCCAUGUACGCGGUCGGCGGCCAUGACGGCUGGAGUUAUCUCAACACGGUGGAGCGCUGGGACCCGCAGGCCCGGCAGUGGAACUACGUGGCCAGUAUGUCGACACCACGGAGCACCAUGGGAGUGACUGCGCUCAAUGGGAAAUUGUUCGCAGUCGGAGGCCGCGACGGCAGCUCGUGCCUGAGGUCCAUGGAGUGCUUCGACCCUCACACCAACAAGUGGAGCAUGUGCGCCCCCAUGACCAAGAGGCGAGGGGGAGUGGGCGUGGCCACGUACAACAACUUCUUGUAUGCCGUGGGAGGACACGACGCCCCCGCCUCCAACCACUGUUCCCGACUCUCGGAUUGCGUGGAGAGGUAUGACCCUAAGACGGACACCUGGACCACGGUGUCCUCCCUCAGCAUCCCUCGAGACGCUGUGGGUAUUUGCCUGCUGGGAGACAGGUUGUACGCUGUGGGCGGAUAUGACGGACAAUCCUAUCUGAACACUGUGGAGUCCUACGACGCGCAGAACAACGACUGGACGGAGGAGGUCCCUCUCAACAUUGGCAGGGCAGGUGCCUGCGUGGUGGUGGUGAAACUGCCUUGAGCACUUUUUUUGUUGUGCCGCGCCUGCACGACAUAAACAAAUGCAGAGGAGAGGACAAACAAAAGAAGAAGGACGCGUCCUCCGAGAGACCCUUUGUUUUCUUCCCGGAUUCCAGAAAGGAGAAAAACAUCAGCCGGGCCUCUCCCCCAUCAUUAGCCCAUCGGGGAGGACCCCGCUCCCAAACUGGAAUGUGCAUUCUUGACAUUCUCAAGCGAUGGAGAAUUUUUACAGACUUGGCGAAGCAGUGGCGAAUCGGCGCCAAGGAGGUUGAUGUAUUGCUUUGUUAUUCCGGAUUUCACACAAUGCUCUCUGCUAAACGACAUGUUUUUACAAAAAAAAAAACAUUUUCCGAUAGGUGCCAUCUCAGAUUGUGUAUUUUUAGACCACUUUUUCCCCCUUUUUGCAGCCAGUCAAACAUGUCACUGUGAAUAAUGACAACGCGAAUGCAAUGUAAUCGAGAUUUCCGGUGAAUGAUGUUCAAAAAUAAAUAAAAUGGAGCUUGUAGC